AUGAGCAACCUAGGGAGGUUCCGCCUCAUCGUGCCCGCGGCGAAUGCAAAGCCCUCUCCGUCAAUAGGGCAGACCUUGGGACCCCUGGGCAUCAACAUGAUGGCAUUUUGCAAAGAAUUUAAUGCGCGAACCGCAAAAAUACGGCCGGACGUUCCUGUACAGGUCACAAUUGUGCCGAAUGCAGACAGGACAUUCAAGUUCAGUCUGCGCACGCCAAGCAGCACUUGGUUCCUUCUCAGGGCGGCGAGGUGCCCCAUGGGCAGUGAACAGGCAGGAAAGGAAGUAAUCGGCAACGGAAUUUGCCGCUCCUUGAUUGGCUCUGCCAGAGCUAUGGGCAUUCGGGUAACUCCGGAGCUCCUACCCGCUUUUAGUAAGCGCGAUUACACGCCAGUCGAAAAUCUCGAACAAAUGAGAAAGGAUCUACGACAGAAACGCAAAGCGGCACGACGGGCGAAUGCCAAGGCAUAA